AUGGGAAUUGUGGAUCAAGAAUUUCUCUUGAAGAAUAUCCUAGUAACACACUGUAAUGAAAAAAAAGUGAAGAUAAACAUAUCUGUGAUAUAUGGAUCAGGUGAUGGUAAUAGUUAUAAUAGAGCUAAAGAUUUCUUAAACGAAUUAAUAGAAUAUUUUAAUAAUGUUCAUUUAUUUUUGAAUGACAUAAAUGAGAUUAUUAAUAAAGAUAUAUACAUAAACCAUAUAAAUAGUAAGAUGAAUGAUGGUGAUAUGGUUCAAAAGAAAGAUUAUAAUGAAAAAAAAAUAGAAAUUAAAAAUAAUUAUAAGAAUGAUAAAUGUGAUAAUAACGAUAAUAUUGGUAGUAAUAUAACAUUUAAGAGUAAUUAUAUAAAUCCAUCCUUAAAUAUGAAUGAUAUGAAUAAUUUAGAAAAUGAAAUAAUAGAAUAUUUUAAAUUACGUUUUGAUCAAUAUCAAGUGAAUACUAAUAAUAAUAAUAAUAAUAAAAAUAAUAAGAUGAAGAAUAAUAAAGAGAAAAUAUCAAGAUCAGGCUAUGAAAAUAUGGUAACAUUAUAUUUUAAUAAGAAUAUAAAUUAUUUAGAAUCUUAUAAAGAGAAUAUAAAAAUGUUCAACAGUAAAUUUAGAAAUUAUGUUGAUUGUAUAAUAGAUAAUAAUAAAAUAGGGAAAAUAUAUUUUAAUUUAAUUGAUGGAAAUAAUCAUGAUUAUUAUUCAUUUUUUGAUAGCACAGAAAAUUAUAAUUUAAAUAUUUUAUUUUUUUUUAUUAGUACAUCUAGUCAUGGGUCGUUCCCUAAUAAUUCUUUUAAAAUUGAUGAAAUUUUUACAGACAUGUUAAAUGAUUUUCGAAUUGAAAAGAAUUAUUUAAAAGAUAUAUUUUUUAGUUGUAUUGGAUUUGGCAAUAAAGAAUAUGGAGAUAAAUAUUUUUGUAUUCCUAUAAAAAAAUGUGAGAAAUAUAUACAUUCAUUAGGAGCACAAAAAUUAUAUAAAACAUUAAAAUUAUGUGAUACACAAGAUAAUGAAGAAACUUUAUUUUUAUGGAAGUGUAAUAUAUUUAAAACGCUUAGUUUGUCUUUAUUUUUCUAUUCUUUUAAUUAUAUGAAACGAUGGUAUAUGAAUAAAACAAUAUAUGAUACCUUAUCAUAUUAUUGUUAUUUUUUUUCAAAUCAUACAAAUUUUUAUGUUAAUGAGAGUGAAGACAACAAAUAUAUUAAUGAUCAAAAGAACCAAAAAAAAAAAAAUAAGAAAAAAAAAAAAAGUGAUGAUCAUUCUAUAAAUUCGAUGGAUCUAUUGGAAGUAAGUCACUCUAAUAAUGAGUACCAAGAAAACAAUCCUUUAAUUGAUCAUAAUAAUAACAAAUGUUUUAAUAAUGAAAUAUAUAAUACACAGAAUGGUAUAUAUUAUAGCAAUUUUAAAGAUGUUCAACAAAUGUGUUUGUCAAAUAUUGAUAGUGAAGAAAAAAAAAUAAAGGAUAAAAUAAAUACUACGAUGAAUGAAAAGAGAGAAGAAUUAAAUGUCAAUGAAGAUUUAGAUUUACACCGUGGGGAUACUGAAAAAAUUGAAGGGUGCACAAAUUGUAAUUGUGAAUCGAUGAAUGAAUAUAAUGAUAAGAACAAUACAUAUCAUACAAAUAAUAUUGAGACAUAUAAAGAUUCAACCUCAGAAAGUGAAGCAUCAAGUAAUGAUAGCUAUGUGGAUGAUGAAGAGGAACACAUAGAAGUAGAAGAUCUCAUAUCAGGAGAAAAAAAGGAUAUGUUAAGUUCUAGUCAGAGAAACAAACUAACAAAAGAAGGUUAUAAAAUAGUAGGAUCUCAUAGUGCAGUAAAAUUAUGUCGAUGGACAAAAUCACAGGUCAGAGGUAGAGGUGGUUGUUAUAAACAUACUUUUUAUGGUAUUAAUUCUUAUCAAUGUAUGGAAGCAACACCUAGUUUGGCUUGUGCAAAUAAAUGUGUAUUCUGUUGGAGACAUCAUAAAAAUCCUGUAGGUGUAAAAUGGAGAUGGAAUAUGGAUAAAGCAGAAAUUAUAGUUGAAGAAAUAAUUAAAAAACAUAAAGCUAUGAUAAAAGAAUUAAAAGGUAUAUAUGGUAUUAUUCUUGAACGUUUUGAAAAAGCUAUGAAUAUAAAACAUUGUGCAUUAUCAUUAGUAGGAGAACCUAUUAUGUAUCCAGAAAUUAAUAAAUUAAUAGAUGAAUUACAUAAAAGAAAUAUAUCAACAUUUCUAGUAACUAAUGCUCAAUUCCCAAUAGAAUUACAAAAUUUAAAUCCAGUUACACAAUUAUAUUUGUCUAUAGAUGCUCCAAAUAAAGAAGCUUUAAAAAAUAUUGAUAGACCUUUAUUUAAAGAUUUCUGGGAUAGAUAUAUAAAAUGUAUUAAAAUAUUAAAAAAUCGUAAAGAAAGAAAAGUAUUCAGAUUUACUUUAGUAAAAGAAUAUAAUAUGAUGGAAAAUGAAAUAAAUAGUUAUAUCAAUUUAAUAGAAUUAGGAUAUCCAGAUUUUAUAGAAAUAAAGGCUGUUACAUAUUGUGGCUCAUCACAAGGAUAUCAAUUAACUAUGAAAAAUAUCCCAUGGCAUGAAGAAGUAUAUCAAUUUGCGUGGAAUCUAAUUAAUAAAAAAAAAUCUUUAUCAGAUAUAUAUCAAAUUUCUUGUGAACAUAAACAUUCAUGUAGUAUAUUAAUUGCAAAAAAAAUAUUUAAAAUAAAUAAUAAAUGGAAUACAUGGAUUGAUUAUGAAAAAUUUCAACAACUUAUAAAAAAUAAACAAAAUUUUAAUGCCCUCGAUUAUUCAAUAGAAACUCCACAAUGGGCAAUUUAUGGAUCUCAAGAAAGUGGUUUUAGCCCUUGUGAAAAAAGGGUAUAUACAAAGGGAAAAUAUAAAAAUAAAAAAAACUAG